UGUCUAAUCUAUGCCUGUAUCUGUCACUCUUUUCCUUUUAAAAAGCUUUAUUCUUCGGAUACUUUUUCACAUACGCUCUAUCUUUUGCUCCCCGCCUCUCAAGAAACCACAGCCUGCGGUCCUGUCCUUCCUUAUUUAUUAAAGACUCCACACCCUCCCCUAUGUUUCCUGUCUUGUUCAGGUACAUAGUUUAAAGGCUGCAGCCCUGAAAUGCUUGUGGAUAAGAAAAGACCAGAUCAUCAACGGUAAAGGGUAUUUUUGGCAAGAAAGGAUAUUUUACGGUAGAAUGACUCUUCUGUUGAAAGCACUCCUGAUUUGUUUGUGGCUGUCUCCUGCCAUUGCGUACAAGCUUCCUCUUCUGAAUGAAGCCAUUUUAACUGAUGAUGAUAACACCGAUAAACCUAAUAAUUCUCCUUUUGGAAUGAACUACAAAUGGGAAUGGCAAUCACAAGACAGAAUGGAUGAAGGAACCCUUAUGCUAACCCGCCUGAGAAGAGACACGUAUAAGAUGCCUAAUAAGGGAGAGGUCGUGCCAGAUAAAAAAGUUCCGCCAAAAGUUAAAGCCACAGAACCACCAUUGGAUGAGCUUUCUGAUUCCACCCCAUACAUCCUAGAGGCAUCUAGUGCUGCUUCUAUGAAAGUUAAGAGCAUACUUAUUUUGAAUCAAGACAAAACAACCACUUUAACCGAUCCAGAGCAGGCAACAAAGGGAGCCGGACAGAAAGCUGAUGAAGAUGAGACCACCCCUUUAACUAAUCUAGAGAAAAAAACUGAGGGAACUGGAAAUAAACUUGAGGAAGAUAAAACCCCCCCAUUUACUGAUCAAACAACAAAGGGAGCUGGAGAGGAACUUAUAAAAGAGGAAACCACACAUGUAGACAAAUCAGUUACACAGUUAAAAACUUUGGUCACUGAAUUAAACCCAACCAUAUCUGAAAAGCUAUCUGUGUCAACAAGCAAUAAGUAUAAAAAAGCCACCACAGAUCAUUCCACAAACAGUCAAGACACAAGUGACCAUUCAACUAGCCCCAACGAAACAUUGGUAGAGGAUAUCACAUCAAGCAUAUCACCAAAUGCACAAGAGACCUCCCCAUCCACAACGCCUGUUAUCUCACAUGAUCCAACAACUGGACAUGAUGUCACCACUGUACGGUUUUUGGCUUCCUCUGGUUCUUCUGCAAAACCUGCAGCAGUAACACAUGUAACUUCAUUUUCAGAAGAUAAAAUACACACGCAGUCUAUAAUGAGACAGUGCAUGCUAACCAUCUUAAUUCUUGCUGUUGUAUGUACCAUAUUUAUCAUUUCAACUAUAGCACUUGCUGCUAAACUUUCAGCAAUGAAACAAAAAAACAAACUACGUCAUCCAGUAACUUACACAGAAAUGAGAUGUAUUUCUUCUCUCUUGCCAGACAGUGACCAGCAGAACAAACCACAGCAUAAAAGAUUGAAGACAUUUGCUGCCAACAUGGAGGAAAGUGAUGGUGAUAAUACCACUCUCAACAGCUUUCUUCCGGAUCAUUAGUUCAGCAAGACUAUUUAAGACGUGGUUCUUCCCGUCUACUGGGGUCACCAUUAGGAGAUUAGACCCAGUGAAGGAACAGAGACUGCAUGGCAGAAGUGGGGUACUUAGGUAUUUCUGUUUAUGAAUGAAUUGUACCAGAUGCCCUUUCCUUUAUCAGGUGGAUACGAUCACUGCCAUGUAGUGGCAUGGGGUUACUUUGAACUUCUGCUUUGCAAUAUGGUAUUUAAGAUGUGCACAUAACUAAUGGAUUCCACUAUUUCACUGAAUUGUGUCUCUAAAGGGGUAUUCCGGCCAAAUACAUCUUAUCCCCUAUCCAAAGGAUAGGGAAUAAGAUGUCUGAUUGCAGGGGGCCUGCCGCUGGGACCCUCAUGAUCUCUGUGCAGCACCCGCAUUUUGUGCGGGGCUGCGUCUCCAGUCUCAUCUCCAGUCUCAUCUCCAGUCCCUUGUUACUGGGACUGGAGAUGUGACAUCAUGCAACGCCCCCUCCAUUUAUGUCCAUGGGAGGGGGCGUGACGGCCUGUGAUCUCCGUGCAGCACCCGCAUUCUAUGCCGGGCUGCUGCUCCAGUCUCAGAAACCUCUGUGUUUCCGGGACUGGAGACGUGAAGUCACACCACGCCCCCUCCAUUCAUGUCUAUGGGAGGAGGCGUGACGGUGACGACUAGGGAUAAGAUGUCUUUGGCCGGAAUACCCCUUUAAGGAAUAUGAACUUGGCUUAAUAUGUGUUCUUUUCCUUAUUCUCCACCCAAAUACAGGCAGCAUAAGGUACUAAACUUCAGUGCUAUAAAUAUUACUUAGAUAAAUAAUAAGUGAAAACACAGUUUGGUUUAGUGUAAUCUAUAUAAAUCUCAGACACUAUUACCCAUAAUAUGCAUUUGUGACACCAAUUUGCUGUAGUCCCAUGACCUCCCCGGUAUGUAGUGCUUCUAAGUAACACAGUCAGUAGAAUAGAAUCACAGUAGAAAAAAGUACGGAGCACUGACCG